AUGGGCGCAAUGGGCGCAGCGGGUCGCGGACCCGUGCCCGAAGUUGCGCCGGCCAACUCCUCGCCGGUGCCGAGCAGCGGCGCCGCGCGUGGAGGGUCGCCGGGGCCAUUUUCGGCUCCGGCCGAGCCCAAAACGGGGGCGGGCGGAUCCCCAAUGCACGCGUCGCUGGCGAGGCUGGAGUGGCUGGCCAUGGAGCACUCGCUGUCGGUGGACGGCGAGCGCUCCCGGGGUUGCCAGUCCGGCCACCAGAAGCGCAUGCGCCGAUGCGGUGGUGAAGGGCCGAAAAGGUAG